AUGUUAAAAUUGAUGUUGUUCCAUGUGAAGAAGAUAGUUGCAUCUGGUGAACUUGUGAAGGUGAAAGGCUCGUUCAAGCUUCCUGCAACUCGGCCUUCUGUGCCGAAGCCUGUUGCUAGUGCUCCAGCGAAGAAGAAGCCGUCUCCUGCGAAGCCGAAGACUGCUCCUGCCAAGGCAAAGGUAGUCGCGAAACCAAAAGCUGCGGCGAAACCCAAGCCUAAGCCCAAGGAGAAGCCGACCAAAGCUUCGAGGACGUCGACUAGGACAUCUCCUGGAAAGAGAGCUGCGGCUCUUAAGCCGAUGCCGAAGAAAGCCCCGGCUAAGAGCGUGAAGCCGAAGACAGUGAAAUCACCUGCAAAGAAAGGGCCGGCACUCUGA